AAUGUGCUGAAAUAAAACAGAAAUAUAUCUCCAAACAAUAAAUAAUACAGAGCACACUCAGGCGUGGGACAAAAAAAAAAGAAAAAAAAAAAGCUCUCAGCCUGUGACGUUAAAGGUGGGCCUGUCUCUUUUAGAAACCCGACACUAGCGGAAACUGAAAGUAAAUGUCUUUCCCAUGAAACCACCAUGCCAUCUGGUGAAAUAAUUUCUCCUUCACAACCCAGCAACUAACACAAAUGGCUUCCUGCAGCAGCCUGUUGUCUGAGGAGCAGUUUCUAUGUGCGAUCUGCCUCGAUGUGUUCACGCAGCCAGUUUCCACUCCAUGUGGACACAACUUCUGCAUGUCCUGCAUCUCCAGCUACUGGGACGACUAUGAGCUCUGCCGGUGUCCACUGUGUAAGGAGACUUUCGACAGAAGACCUGUUCUGAAAGUCAACACUUUCAUCUCAGAGCUUUCAUCGCAGUUCAGGUCCCUUCAAGUGAAAGAUGCUCACAUGAUGAAGCCGGUUCAACCACAGACUAGCUGUGAGGGCCCGGUGUUGUGUGGUAUUUGCUCUGACACCGAGCAAACUGCAGUCAAAUCCUGCCUGGAGUGCCUGACCUCUUUCUGCGACGUACAUCUGGAGCCUCAUCACAGAGCCGCUGGGCUGAAAAGGCACACGCUGGUUGAGCCCGUUUCCAGCCUGGAGGACCGGAUCUGCAAGGAGCAUGCCCGACUCCUGACAGCGUUUUGCAGAGCGGAACAGGUUUUGAUUUGUGACGUCUGCUGCAGUUUGAAACACAUAGACCAUGACGUCAUUUCAGUGCAGCGGGCGUACGAAGAGGUGAGAGCUACACUUGAUGACAGUGAGAGCUACUUACAGCAAAAGACAGAGGAAAGACUGCAGAACGUCCAAGCCAUGAAGGAGUCAUUGGACAAAAGCAAGUCAGAAACUAAAAGUGUGAUAGCAGAGAGCAUACAGGAGCUGACAGAGCUUAUUUCUGAGAUUCAUCAGAGCCAAACAAAGCUCGUACAGGUGAUCGAGGAGAGGCAAAAAGCUGCUGAAAAUCAAGCCAAUGAGUAUAUUGUCAGCAUGGAGCAGGAGAUCACCCAUCUGGAGAGCACUGCAGCGAAGAUACGUGAGUUAAAACAGAGUGAAGACCAUCUUUACCCCCUCCUGAAUAUGCCCAAGAUUUCCCUCCAGUGGCCCACGAUGAACUCUCUCACAUUCAACUUCGACCGACACGUGGACGUUCAUCACAUACGCCAAUGUUUGAGCAAAACUGUGUCAGAACUAAGGAAGCAGCUGAGAGUAAUGGACACAGGAGUUCAACAGCUGUUCAACAGGAAAGAUCUAACAGAUGACCUUCUGCUGUAUAAUCUGAGGUAUUACGUGGUCGACGUCUCCCUGGAUGCUGACACAGCUCAUCCUCUGCUCAUCAUUUCCAAAGACAGGAAACAAGUAAGAUACAACACAGGCUUGGCAUUAAGUGGCCUGACCCUGAAGCCGAACACGUUUACUGCACAUCUGGCAGUCCUGGGUGACACAGCCAUCUCCACGUACAAGUUUUACUUUGAGGUGUUUGUGGGUGGAAAGACAGAGUGGUGUCUGGGCCUGGCAAAUGAGUCCAUCCAGAGGAGAGGGGAGAUUCUCCGGAGGCCUGACUGUGGACUCUGGGCCAUCUGGUUCAUCCAGGAUAAGUUUGAAACCUUCUGUGCACCAAACUUGCCGGUACAUUACGGAAAAGUGGAGCGAGUUGGCGUGUUUGUGCGCUACGAGAGCGACAGCAUUGAGUUCUACGAUGUGCAGACAAUGACAGAAAUUUACAGGUUUACUGACUGUUCCUUUACAGAAAAGCUGUAUCCAUAUCUGAAUCCUUGUGACAAUGAAUACGGAUCAAACCUGGGGCCCAUGAUAAUCGUUCCUGUCGUACCUUCAAAUCCCUACUCAUCACUUGAGUAACAACCCCUUAUAUGGAUGAUGUCAGUGGUGUUGGGAAGUUAAACAAAUGGAGAGGUUAAAAAAAUUAAAAGGGGUUUCACAGUUCUCUAACACCACAGCUCAAUUUGACCCUUGAUUUUAAAGUCAAUUUUCAGUUUUGAUAGACUUUUUUUAUUUCAGUUUUUUUUUAUUUUUGUCUGCUCUGAGGCUGUCAAAAAUCGAUUUAUGUUUUUUAUAAUAUUAAGUGAUACAUUAUUUGUACCAAGCUCUUGUCAUAGUUUUCAAGACAGUCUAGCUGCAGGCUGCAGAUCUCAGACGCCACCCCUUACAGACCACUACUGUGAGACACCACAUCAGUCAGAACAGAAAAGCACGCAACUUUGGGUUAGGUUUAGGGUAAGGGUUAAAGUAAGAUGCCAAAUGGUAGAAACUGCAAAACCUAAUAGCAAAACAUUAAAUAAAGCCAAGUUAACAGUCAGUUUACAGGAAAAAAAGCCUGUCCUUCAUGAAAACACUCUAACAUGGUUAACAGAGCUCAUGCUAAAGCUAGCAAAGCUACAUUAGCUUCAUAAACUAUAACAUAACUACAUAGCCAACAUAGCUAAAACUUAAGCUGACAAAGCAACAUUAGCUACAUUAACUUAUGCUACAUUUUCUAAAGCCAAUGUAGCUACAU